AUGUCUAUCUUUCUUUGUUUCAUCUUUUUCCUUCCUCUCUUUUUUAUCUUCUUUAAAAGGCUUUUAUCUUCGACAGAGAAGCUUCCUCCGGGACCUAAGGGCUUUCCGAUCAUCGGAAACUUGCACCAGCUUGGAAGAUUUCUUCACAAAUCUCUUCACGAGAUCUCCCAAAAAUAUGGACCGGUGAUGUAUCUUCGUUUUGGGGUAGUCCCUGUGAUCAUAGUCUCUUCUAAAGAAGGAGCUGAGGAAGUACUCAAAACUCAUGAUCUUCAAACUUGUAGCCGACCUAAGACGGUAGGGACCGGGUUGUUUACUUAUGACUUUAAAGAAAUCGGCUUCGCUCCUUUUGGUGAGAGCUGGAGAGAGAUGAAGAAAAUCGCGGUGCUCGAACUCUUUAGCCAGAAAAAACUCAAAUCUUUUAGGUCUAUUAGAGAGGACGAGAGCGCAUUGUUGGUCAAGAAGGUAACAAAUUAUGUUAAUGAGAAACCCAAUUCACCAGUUAAUCUGAGGAAACUCAUCUUCACCUUCUCGGCAAGUAUCAUUUGUAGACUUUCUUUUGGACACAACUUCUGUGAUUUUGUCGAUAUGGACACAGUGGAAGAGUUGGUACUUGAGUCGGAGAAAAACCUUGGCUCCUUGGCAUUUGCUGACUUCUUACCUGCAGGGGGAAUCAUAGAUUGGAUCUCUGGUCAGCAGGCCACAGUGAAAAAAGCCUUUGCCAAACUCACCAAUUUCUUUGAACUUGUGAUUGAAGAUCAUUUGAAGAGUGGAAAAAUCCAAGAUCACUCAGACAUCAUUAACGUCAUGUUGGAUAUGAUCAAUAACCCCACUAAGUUCGGUCCUUUCAAAGUCACCGACGACCAUCUCAAAGGAAUCAUGUCGGAUGUGUUUUUGGCUGGAGUGAACGCUGGAUCCGUCACGAUGAUAUGGACUAUGACAGAGCUAAGCAGACAUCCAAGAGUAAUGAAAAAACUUCAAGAAGAGACUCGAGCAACGCUCGGACCCAACAAAGAGAAAAUUACAGAAGACGACCUAGAGAAAGUUGAAUACUUGAAGAUGGUGAUAGAGGAAGCAUUCAGAUUACACCCACCAGCUCCUCUCUUGCUCCCAAGACUAACAAUGUCCGACAUCAAGAUUCAAGGCUACAACAUUCCCAAGAACACCAUGAUCCAAAUCAACACUUACACGAUUGGACGUGAUCCCAAAACCUGGACAAAACCUGACGAGUUCAUCCCCGAGAGAUUUGUCGAUAACCCUAUCGAAUACAAGGGUCAGCAUUUUGAGCUAUUACCGUUUGGAGCCGGACGUAGGAUUUGCCCAGGGAUGGCCACGGGGAUCACCAUCGUCGAGCUCGGCCUUCUUAGCCUUCUUUACUUCUUUGAUUGGAGUUAUCCCAAUGGAAUGACCGCUAAAGACAUUGACAUUGAAGAAGAUGGAGCUUUUGUCAUCGCUAAGAAAGUCUCUCUUGAGCUUGUACCAACAAUCCAUCGCUGGUGAACAGAUAUGUUUUGUCUACUUUUACUACCGGUUUGGAUUUUGCUUUGUCCUUGCUUUGUUUAACGUUUGUUUUGCCUGUAAUCGGUAUGU